AUGAUUUACGGACAUCUUAUCAAGAGAAAUGCAACUGGUCUACACCUAUUUUUGCACAACAUUGGAUUAACUCCUGAAAUAAACACCACAGUAUACAUAGAGUCUUCAGCAACUAACUGCGAGACAGACUGGUGCUAUCAGUCACAGGUAACUUGCAGCAACACAUGCAGAGGACCAGAUGAAUGGGCAACAAUAGCCACAACCUGUGGAGGCAGAAAACAGUCACCCAUUAAUAUUGUAACAAAGCAAGUUAUCCCAGACCAUCGCCUGACCCCGGUACAGUUUACAGGCUACCAACAGUCAUUCAGUGGAAUCAUUAAGAACAGUGGGCAUACAGUGCAAGUUGAUCUGCCAAACACUGCUGUUAUCACUGGGGCCAGCUUAGGAACUGCUUAUAAAGCCCAGCAAUUACACCUGCAUUGGGGAAAGAAUGGUGGACCUGGAUCAGAACAUACUAUAGAUGGAGAGCAGUAUCCUAUGGAGCUUCACAUUGUCCAUAUAAAAGAAACAUAUAAUUCUCUGCAAGAGGCUGUCGGUGACCCUUCUGGAGUGGCUGUUCUUGGAUUUUUUUAUGAGGAAUCAAAGAGUGCCAAUAAGAAAUAUGAGUCCAUCAUAAAUUCCCUGAUCAAUAUUAAACUCCCAGGCACCAAUGCAACACUUGAAACUAUGUCGUUAGACAUGCUGAUUCCCUCUCAUGAGACCUUGGGGCAGUACUUUCGCUACCAGGGGUCUCUCACCACACCAGGCUGUUCUGAAGCUGUUGUCUGGACUGUAUUUGAAAAACCCAUAACACUCAGCAAGGAACAGCUCUCUGCAUUUUCAAGUCUACAGUUUGGCAAUGAAACUGCCAUGGUAGACACAUACCGACCCGUUCAGUCCCGGAAUGGAUGUGAGGUGUCUUACUCCAUGAGUAUUGUUGUUUGUGUUAGCACUACCUUAUUGGUCAGCUCUGUUUUCACAACCAUCUCAGUUCUCACAGUCUGAUUUAUAGAUAGUGCAUCAGUUAUCUAUUGGGGAAUUUGCUUAAAAGCAUGUGUCAUUUAUAAUUCAAUAAUAAAUCAAGUUAAGUCGAAUCAAAUUUUAUUGCUGUUCAAUCAUGGGUAAAAAAAAAAGGUAUUCCUCCAACCAGUGGCGGUUCUAGCUUGUAUGCCGCCCUGGGCGGCUGCCCAUGUUCCCCAUGCCUAAAUCCGCCACUGCCUCCAACAGGCCCUUUUGCUGUUCUAACAUAAGACAAUGAAUUAUAUUGUGCACUGCAUGUCAUUUUUAAAUCCUUUUAUGGCGAUUGCAGGGGAGGAUUGCCAGUCGGUCAGAUGCCAGUCCUUAGACUUUUAAGAUGCACUCAUUAAUUCUUUUGUUUAUGUUGCGCUGGCAGCUAUCAGUGUAGAUUUGAAAUCACACAAGAGCAAAAGUUCUCAAUUACAAAUGCUAUUGUAGAAAUGUGUUAUUCGCAGCAGCAGUACACAAGUCAAUGUAAUAGAAGCCAAAAAUGCAAAUUAAUGAUAAUAGUGCCAUACAAUACAGGUCAAGGUUAUUAAAAUCACAAAAGAUGUGCCCCUGUAUAGUCCACAUUCUAAAACCAAGAAAAAAAAAUCACGCCCACUGAGUGUUUGAACUUGAGCUCCUCAUCAUAUGUUGCGAGCAAGGUUCACACCAGUAUGAAAUGUAAGUAAAUGAUAUUCUUUUAUAUUUAGCCUUUAAUUUAAGAUGCA